UCUACGCGCGUCACACAAUUUCAAUUCCACGAUGUGGUUGGAAAAGAGAAAAAGCCACCGCCGCCGCUUCCUUCCCCCACGCCGGCGGCCUCUAUCCUUCCCCGAUGCCGGCCGCCUCCCUCCACCACGCAUCGCCGUCCUCCUUCCCCGACACCGACCGGCUCCCUCCACCACGCGCCGCCGUCCUCUCCUUCCCUGCCGCCGGCCGCCACCCUCCUCCUUCCUCAGCGCCGGCUGCCUCCCUCCACUACGCGUCGCUCCUCCUUCCCCGGCGCCGGCCGCCUCCCUCCCCCAUCGCGCCGCCAACCCGGGCACCCGGACCCCCACCGUGCCGGUGACCCGGCCACCCAGUCACCCACCGUGCUGCCGCCCCGGCCACACGGCCCCCAUCGCGCCGCCACCCCAGCCACCCGGCCCCCAUCGCGCUGCCUCCCUGGCCACCCGACCCCUCAUCGCGCUGCUGCCCCGGCAACCGGAUCCUUACUACGCCUCGUUACCCCCGCCACCCGGCCCAGCGUCGCUCCAUGUUAUCUCCUUCGUGAUCCUGGAUGUUCUGCUACAGUCCUACUGUGACAUCCGCCGUGGGCCACUACUACAUCAAAUAUCCGAGUCGAAGGAGCUCCCUUCAGUUCAAUGGAUUCAACAAAAUAAUCCAUGCUGCCUACUAGAACUUGCAUGUGUGCUGUGGCGUGUGUGCUGGUGCAUGCCUGGUGGCUGAUGCGGCGUGCGAGCAUGUACAUAAAUUGAACUGAAUUAUCUCCAGUAAGUGAACUCAAUGAUCUCCUUUAUCUGAACUACCGGAGAGAUGCAUCAUGUACAAAAAAAGGUAGGAUCUUGAGGUGUUGCUGCUACUUCUUUCUUCUCAUGCCCUACUGUUGCUCCGUUCGAUUCCAUGCUACUUAUAUGAAAAUAAUUGAUGGUCUAGGUACUUGUUGAAAUGCUUAUGAGAACCAAUUUUUGUUGUUUGGUAUUUUUGAUGUUAGUGAAAAAUACGAAAUCCUUUUACUGCCCUCUUUCUUGUCUCACUCAUUCAUAUUAUUAUAUGUACACAAACCCAUGUCAUCCUGAACUUGUUAUUAUUAUUACCGGUGCCACAAACUAGUGUCUUGUUUUGCUAAUGCCGAUCCCUCAGUCGCUGCCGUCUGCGCCCCACAUCCCCGUGCCACCCGUCGUAGGCUCCUGCUAUGCAGAGAUCCAACGAAGAUCUUUUUUGGUUAAUUUUUGGUCAGCUAAUAUUUCGGUGACGUGCUCAGUUCAGUUUCUUAAUUUACUUCAGUGCAAUUUCUUAUUUUUGGUUCAAUUCAAAUUCUUAUUUCAGCUUAGCAAGAAGAAUAUCUUGCUGUAACUUGUCUCGGCUUUAUUAGUAUCCUACUUUCCUACAAAAGCGAAAGCAUAAUGUUGUUUCACGUCAUAAGGUUUUCUCUGAAACAUAGGGGGCCUAAGAUAAUGAAGCAAUAUAAACUCUAUUGUAUCAUCAAGAUCUUAUCAUGAUACUUAUUUGAAUAAUUCAUCCAUUUUGUUGGGGUUGAACCUACCGGUUCUAGUGUUCAAAUUUAUUGAGCUUCUGACUUCAAAUUCUGAACAUCUUAUGUUACUUGUGCAUACAAGGGGGAAACUGAUUCUGAACAUCUAUCGAGGCUCCUUGCUAGAUAUCGGCGUUAGAGGGGAAUAGACACCGUCAUUGCCCCGCGCCCAUAGACUUCUCUUCUACAAUGCAAGGUUCAUGUUCCUCUUAAACAUUCACACGAAAAAGAAUAGAGCUACUCCGUAUACAUUGUGCGUCGGUGUCAGAACAUGUUAUACUAAUUAGUAAGUUCGGGAACUAUGUUCCAAACUGAUCUUAGACAAGGAGACAGGGAUAUAGUGAUAGAGCGUUGUGUUGUGUGCUGUUAGUUCAGAAAAGUUCAGGGAAAAAAGCAGAUACUCGUCAUGGGUUAUGAAGUAGAUAGAGUACAUAAGAUGGCUACCAUGGUCUAUGAAGUACAGGCAAAAAGGUGCCACCCGCCGUCGGCGCUCUCUUGUCGUGACGUACAGGACAAGCAACGUGACUAAGUGAGAAGGGUCAGCAUUAGUGGGAGCAGGGUAUGGAUGAGGAAGGAGCAGCAGUAUCUUCACUGCCGCUGCUGAUUCAUUUCCAUCCCUCUCUCACAUGUGAAGGUGAGCUUCAUAAUAGAGUAGCUAGACCUAUCCGCCUUUCGUUUUCUGAAUUUUGCUCGGAGCUAGUAGUACCUAAAAGGAGGAAGCUGGCAACUCCGUUUACCUAAACAUGUAUAGCACGUGUCAUGCUACAGAAAUUUGUUGGAGCUGGAUGAGACUUUUGCCGUUCCCCUUGUAUUCCUUAAUAUAGUCAGUUCACGUUUUAAAAUCCUGUAAGGUUAGAUAUAUUACCUAAAAAAGUUUAAAAGUAAAAAUUCUGUAAGUUUAGUGCGUGCGCGCCUAAAAUUCUGAGCUUCUUGUCCAGUUAUACUAGUACUGAUGAAUAUCGAGUUGAUUGAAAAUGUAGUUGAUUCCUGAGACCCUUGCUAGUCCUUCUAUAUACAGAAAAAAAUCAUUGUGAGAAGAGAAAAAUGUUGCUCUAGUUAGUUCCUCUUGCAGCUAUAUCAUGUACAAGCUCUUGUAGAUACAACAUGUAUAGGCUCUCGUUAUUAUAUGCCUAUAUCAGCACUUAUUGUUUAUGUAACUAAAUUAUGUGUAAUUUCUUCCUGUUCAAGCAUGUUUAUAUGCCUAGCUAUCCCAUGUGCUUGUGGUUGUUUUUUCUUGAAUAUAUAUUGACGGUCCAGGCCUCCCUCCAUCUCGCACCGCCGAGCGGCCUCACCCCAUCUAGCAAAAUGGUUUUUGCCAGAAUCUAGAUGAUAUUUAAUGCAGAUACCAUAGUUUCACCCUAUUUUUUGUUCUAAUUAUUGCUGCAUACCUCUUUAAAAGAAUGUUCCGUAAAUGUUUGUGAACAUUGCUUGUAGGUAUUCAUGUGGAAUUUAAAAUAAUGACUGUUC